AUGCGUCGCGUAGUAGUAACCGGUCUCGGCGCCGUGACCCCCCUCGGCAUCGGCGUGAAGCGCUCAUGGACAAACCUGCUCGCGGGCCGCAGCGGCGUCGUCUCCAUCCGCGGCCGCUUCCCGACCGUGGGCGGCACGGAGAUUCCCAGCCAGGUGGCGGCGCUGGUGCCGGGGUGGGAUGCGGGGGCGUGGGUUUCGGGGGCGGAGAAGGCAAAGAUGGCGACGUUUACGCAGUAUGCGGUUGCGGCGGCGGAAGAGGCGCUCAACGAUGCGGGGUGGAGGCCGGAGAGUGAGGAGGAGAGGAGCAUGGCGGGUGUGUGUAUUGGCUCGGGCAUUGGCUCGUUGGACGAUGUGUAUAAUACGGCGGUGAGUUAUGCGGCGGGGGGCUACAAGAAAGUUCCCCCCAUCUUCAUCCCCCGGCUCCUCGUCAACCUCGCCGCCGGGCACGUCAGCAUGCGCUACGGCUUCCUCGGCCCCAACCACGCCGUCUCCACCGCCUGCACAACCGGCGCGCACUCCAUCGGCGACGCCACCCGCUUCAUCCAGCACGGCGACGCAAACAUCAUGCUCGCCGGCGGCUCCGAAUCCUGCAUCCAUCCACUGGCCCUAUCCGGCUUCUGUCGCGUCAAGUCGCUCGCUACGUCCUGGAACGACGACCCGCCCGCCGCCUCCCGCCCCUUCGACCGCGACCGCGCCGGCUUCGUGAUUGGCGAGGGCGCAGGCAUCGUCGUGCUCGAGGAGCUGGAACAUGCCAAGAGGCGUGGUGCGAGGGUGUAUGCGGAGGUGAGAGGGUAUGGGGUCAGUGCGGAUGCGCACCAUAUGACGGCGCCGCCGGAGAGCGGGAGGGGCGCGAGGAUGGCGAUGAGGAAGGGGUUAGUGCAGGCGGGGGUAAGGCCGCGGGAGGUGGAUUAUGUGAAUGCGCAUGCGACGUCGACGGUGCUGGGCGAUGCGGCGGAGAAUCGGGCGGUGAGGGGGCUGCUGCUGGGGGAGGAGGGGUGGGCGAGGGCGGGGGAGGUGUGUGUGUCGAGUACGAAGGGGGCUACGGGGCAUCUGUUGGGUGCGGCGGGGGCGGUGGAGGCGAUUUUUACGAUAUUGGCGGUGCAUGAGGACAUCCUCCCGCCGACGCUCAACCUCGGGAACCCGGGCAACCCCGGCGACACGCAAGACGCAGCGGGCGAGUUUGACUGCAACUACGUGCCCAACGUGGCCCAGAAAAAGACCGUCAGUGUGGCCAUCUCAAACAGCUUUGGCUUUGGCGGCACGAACGCCAGUCUCUGCUUCUCGAAGCUGGGGUAG